UCAAAUACAUAAAAAUCUUGCUGAAACGAAAUAUAACCUAUAAAAUUUAUUGGUUAUGGUUGGUGUUAAAACAAAAAAUGAAAGUAACCAAGCUGAAAUAAUUGACCUGCAAUUUGCUAUCUAACUACUGCACUUGCGCGCUUUAACCUUGAAAGUAUAGUGAAUUUUAUUUAAACAUUUAGAUUUAAAUCAUAAUGGCAGAUUCUCAGGAAGAUUUAUUAUUGAAAAUUCAAGAACAGGGUGAUCUUGUUAGAAAAUUAAAAGCAGCGAAGGAUUCCAAUGAGAGGGGAAAGGGCUUUAAAGAAGUAUACAAUUUUGAAGAAAUUGACAAGCAUUUAAGUCACUACAGCUAUAUUUGUGGCUAUGUACCAUCCAAACCUGAUGUGGACGUAGCUAAAGCCUUAAAAAGCUUAGAUUUUUCCAACUACAAAUAUAUCAAGAGGUGGUGGAACCAUAUGCGGAGUUUCAGUGACACUGAAGUGUCACUUUUUCCGGAUUUCCGGCAACCCAACUUUUUAAAAUAUAAUAGUAAAAAAAUAUUAGAAAGUCAGGUUAAAGAAGAAGUAUCAAAGUUGUUGGCUUUAAAGGCUCAACUUGUAACAGAAGAUGCAGGCCCACAAAAGUUUACUCUUAAAACACCAAAGGGAACAAGAGACUACAACCCACAGCAAAUGACAAUACGUAAUAAUGUAUUGGAUAAAAUUAUUACAGUUUUUAGGAGACACGGAGCUGAGUGUAUUGAUACACCUGUUUUUGAGCUAAAGGAUGUGCUUACUGGGAAGUAUGGUGAGGAUUCAAAAUUAAUAUAUGAUUUGAAAGACCAAGGUGGGGAAAUUCUUUCAUUAAGAUAUGAUUUGACUGUACCUUUGGCUCGGUAUUUAGCAAUGAAUAAAAUAACUACUUUAAAGAGAUAUCAUAUAGCUAAGGUGUACAGAAGAGACAAUCCUGCCAUGACUAGAGGAAGAUACAGGGAAUUUUAUCAAUGCGACUUUGACAUAGCUGGUAUAUAUGAUCCUAUGGUACCUGAUGCAGAAUGCUUGAAGGUAGUGACAGAGAUCCUAGAGGCUCUUGACAUAGGACAAUAUAUCCUCAAAGUGAACCACAGAAGAUUACUUGAUGGAAUGUUUGAAGCUUGUGGAGUUCCCGCAGAUAAGUUUAGGACCACAUGCUCCACAGUUGAUAAACUAGAUAAGUCACCAUGGGAGGAAGUAAGAACCGAAAUGAUUAAUGAAAAAGGUGUGUCACCUGAUGCAGCAGACAGAAUUGGAGAGUAUGUACGCUUAAACGGUAGCACGGAACUGGUAGAGAAACUAUUGAAAGAUGAGAAAUUAUCUAAAGUAAAGGCUGCAUUAGAAGGUGUAGAAGCAAUCAAAACUUUGCUACAGUAUUGUGAACUCUUUGGCAUUAAGGAUAAGAUUCUGUUUGAUUUGAGUCUUGCCAGAGGAUUAGAUUAUUACACUGGUGUUAUCUAUGAAGCAGUGCUUACACAACCUAUUAAAAUUGGAAAUGAGGAACAAACGGUUGGAUCCAUCGCUGGCGGCGGAAGAUACGAUAACCUCGUCGGCAUGUUUGACUCAAAAAACAAACAGGUGCCAUGUGUAGGUGUGAGUAUUGGCGUUGAGCGUAUAUUCUCGGUACUGGAAGCGAAACUCGCCGCCGGUGACAUAACGGUUCGCACAAGCGACAUUGACGUGUAUGUAGCGUCAGCACAAAAGAACUUCCUAGAGGAGCGCAUGAAAAUAUGCGCUGAACUGUGGGAUGCUGGGAUCAAGACCGAGCAGUCGUACAAGAAGAAUCCCAAGAUGCUGAACCAGCUUCAGCAUUGUGAAGAAAACAAAAUACCACUAGCGGUCGUGUUGGGCGAUUCCGAACUUAAACGGGGCGUUGUCAAAAUAAGAAACAUUACGACUAGAGAAGAGGACGAAGUGCCCAGAAACGAUCUGGUUCAAGAAAUAAAGAAACGUAUUGACAACUUGAAUCUUAAUCAAUUGAAUGGAGCAACAUAAUGAAGGAAGAAUUCGGUAGGCAGCGGCUUGGCUCUGCCCCUGGCAUUGCUGAAGUCCAUGGGCGACGGUAACCACUCACCAUCAGGUGGGCCGUAUGCUCGUCUGCCUACAAGGUCAAUAAAGAAAAAUUUUUUUUUUUGCAAUUUUAAUUUCAAUUUCUCUUAGUCUUCGAAGGCCUUUUUUUAAAUUGUUACAAUGUCAAAAUUAUUUGUUUUUGUAUGUCUAUUAGAAGAUUUACUAAGUGAUAUUUGUACACGCUUUUUGAUUGUCAACGCAAACCAAGUUGGCAAAACAAAAUGUUUUUUUAACUAAUAUCUUUAAAAAGCUGGUUUAAGCGUUUUUUUUUAAAUAUUCUCUUUCUAAUUUAAAACAUAUUUAUAAGAGUUUCUGAAUUUCGUUUUAAUUGCUUAAUGCAACUUUCAAAUAAAUUUAUAGGUUAAUUUAAGAAGGUCAAGUUACUAUAUUAAUAAUUAAUAUAAAUAUUAGUAAAAACAAUUGUACGUUGGGUUUACUAAUAUUGGUAGUACAUAAUGCAGUAUUUUCAGAAACUUAAUAUUUUAUUUGUAAAUUCGGUAAUAAAAGAAAUCUUAAA